GCAGCGGCACAGCGCCCCCAAGCGGCCGCCAGCGGCCUCGCGGAGACCGAGCAGAGAAAGGGAGAGGGAGAGUAAUGGCGGCCAGUUAGUGGGUGACUGAGCCGAGAAGACGGCGGCGAACUCGGCGAGCUCGGUGUGUCUCUCUGCCCAGCCGCCCCGCUCCCCGGGAGGAGGCGCCCCGCAGCCCUCCCUCCGCGGCGGCGGCUCCCCGCGCCCGCCUUCGCCGGGGCCAUGGUGAACACCAGGAAGAGCUCCCUGCGCCCCCUGGGCAAAGCGGCGGCCGCCGCGGCCGGAGCCGGCAGCCAUUUCAUCUCGUCCCGGACCCGCUCCUCCAAGAGAGGCACCAAGGCCGGGCUAGAGGAGGCGGCGGCGGCCCGGAAAGAUGAAGGUAGUGAUGCUAGUUUGAGUGAUAGUCACAUAUCCCCUCCAGCCAAACGUACCUUGAAACAUGCUGAUCCUGUGUGCAAAGACAAAUCAAAAUCACGCAAUACUGGACAGCGAGAGGAAUGGAGCAUUUCAGCUGGACAGUCCAGGUUAACGUCUCAGGCUGGUGCUACAUUACCAACUGGACGUAGCUUAUCUCUCAAAAGCCAUUCCCUUCGAGGGGAAAAAAAGGGAGAUGGGGACCAUGCUUGCAUAAACGGAGAUAUAGAAGUGAGAAAAAGUUGUCGGUCCAGGAAAAACAGAUUUGAAACUUUGAAUCAGAGUUUAUUGUUUGAUCAGCUAGUAAACAGUACUGCUGAAGCUGUACUACAAGAAAUGGACAAUAUUAACAUCAGGCGGAAUAGGCGGUCUGGAGAAGUAGAACGGCUGCGAAUGUGGACAGACACAGAAUUUGAAAACAUGGACAUGUAUUCUCGAGUGAAGAGAAGGCGGAAAUCACUGAGAAGAAAUAGCUAUGGAAUUCAGAACCACCACGAAGUGUCCACUGAAGGGGAAGAAGAAGAAUCUCAAGAGGAGGAUGGAGAUAUAGAAGUAGAAGAGGCAGAAGGAGAAGAAAAUGAUCGACCUUAUAAUCUAAGGCAAAGAAAAACUGUGGAAAGGUACCAGGCACCCCCAAUAGUGCCAGCUCAUCAAAAAAAGAGGGAAAAUGCACUGUUUGAUAUUCACAGAUCUCCUGCAAGAAGAAGCCAUAUCAGGAGAAAGAAACAUGCCAUUCAUAGCAGUGAUACAACCUCUUCAGAUGAAGAACGCUUUGAAAGGAGAAAGUCUAAGAGCAUGGCCAGAGCAAGGAACAGAUGUCUGCCUAUGAAUUUCAGAGCAGAAGACUUAGCCAGUGGAAUCCUGCGAGAACGAGUAAAAGUUGGUGCAAGUUUGGCAGAUGUAGAUCCAAUGAUUCUUGACAAAUCGGUGCGUUUUGAUAGCAUAGGUGGAUUGAGCCACCAUAUCCAUGCAUUAAAGGAAAUGGUAGUGUUUCCUCUUCUCUAUCCAGAAAUCUUUGAAAAAUUCAAAAUUCAGCCACCAAGGGGCUGUUUGUUCUAUGGUCCUCCUGGAACAGGUAAAACCUUGGUAGCUAGAGCUCUAGCUAAUGAAUGCAGUCAAGGAGACAAAAAGGUGGCUUUCUUUAUGAGAAAAGGAGCAGACUGUCUCAGCAAGUGGGUUGGUGAAUCUGAAAGGCAACUUCGUCUCCUCUUCGAUCAGGCAUACUUGAUGAGACCCUCUAUAAUCUUCUUUGAUGAAAUAGAUGGUUUGGCCCCAGUUCGUUCUAGUAGACAAGACCAGAUUCACAGCUCUAUAGUGUCUACCCUACUUGCCCUCAUGGAUGGACUGGAUAAUAGAGGAGAAAUUGUCGUAAUUGGUGCUACAAACAGACUUGAAUCUAUAGACCCUGCACUCAGGAGACCUGGUCGUUUUGACAGGGAAUUUCUUUUCAACUUGCCUGAUCAAAAGGCAAGAAAGCACAUUUUACAAAUUCAUACCAGGGACUGGAACCCCAAACUGUCAGAUCCUUUCUUGGGGGAGCUAGCUGAAAAAUGUGUUGGGUACUGUGGAGCUGACAUAAAAGCACUUUGCACUGAGGCUGCCUUGAUUGCCUUGCGACGGCGCUAUCCUCAGAUUUACGCAAGCAGUCAGAAACUGCAGCUUGAUGUUUCUUCAAUAGUUCUCAGCGCACAAGAUUUUCACCAUGCAAUGCAGAAUAUUGUGCCUGCUUCCCAACGUGCCGUGUUGUCUUCAGGACAUGCACUAUCCCUUGUCAUAAGGCCGCUGCUGGAAAGAACCUUCAAUAACCUCCUGGCGGUUUUACAUAAAGUAUUUCCCCAUGCUGAAUUUAGUCAAGGUGACAAAAGAGAAGAUGCACCAAGUCUAAUAUUAGACGAUAGCGAGGAUGAAAAUGCUUCAUCAAUUUUUGAGACGGGCUGUCACUCAGGAUCACCAAAGAAACAAUCGUCAGCUGCUAUACAUAAACCCUACCUUCAUUUUACAAUGUCUGCUUACCACCAGCCAACCUCUUAUAGGCCAAGAUUACUGCUAUCAGGAGAGAGAGGUUCUGGUCAAACUUCUCACCUUGCUCCAGCACUAUUGCACUCUCUUGAAAAAUUCUCUGUACACAGGCUAGAUCUGCCAGCACUUUAUUCAGUUAGUGCCAAAACACCUGAAGAAUCAUGUGCACAGAUCUUUCGUGAAGCUCGAAGAACUGUACCAAGUAUUGUUUACAUGCCUCAUAUUGGUGACUGGUGGGAAGCUGUCAGUGAAACUGUGAGAGCUACUUUUCUAACUUUGCUGCAAGACAUACCGUCGUUUUCUCCUAUAUUUCUGCUGUCUACCUCUGAAACCAUGUAUAGUGAAUUACCUGAAGAGGUGAAGUGUAUCUUUAGAAUCCAGUAUGAAGAGGUUUUUUAUAUUCAAAGACCAAGUGAAGAAGACAGACUGAGAUUUUUCCAGGAGUUAAUUCUUAAUCAGGCAUCAAUGCACCCCCCCAAAAGGAAACAGGCUGCUCUUUGUGCUCUGGAAGUUCUUCCUCUUGCAUUACCCUCUCCUCCCCGUCAGCUGUCAGAAACAGAAAAGCAACGAAUGGAGGACCAGGAGGAGAACACAUUGAGAGAACUGCGGUUGUUUCUCAGGGAUGUUACCAAGAGGCUGGCUACAGACAAACGCUUUAACAUCUUCAGCAAACCGGUGGAUAUUGAAGAGGUUUCAGAUUAUCUUGAAGUUAUCAAAGAACCAAUGGACCUGUCAACAGUAAUAACCAAAAUUGAUAAACACAACUAUUUGACUGCCAAGGAUUUCCUAACAGAUAUUGAUCUCAUCUGUAGCAAUGCAUUGGAAUAUAAUCCAGACAAAGACCCUGGAGAUAAAAUAAUUAGACACAGAGCUUGUACCUUGAAGGACACAGCACAUGCCAUAAUUGCUGCAGAGCUGGAUCCCGAAUUUAAUAAAAUGUGUGAAGAAAUCAAGGAAGCGAGACGAAAAAGAGGCUUAUCAGUAACAACAGAGCAAAUAAAUCCUCAUGGUUCCAGUGUACGGAAAACAGAAACUAGAGUUGAAGAGGCAUUUCGGAACAAACAAAAAAAUGCAAUAGCGGUUUGGCAUAACUCUGCAAAUAAAUGUGCAUUUCGAAUAAGGAGGAAAUCAAGACGACGUUCGCAGUGGGGUAAAGGCAUUAUUAAAAAGAGAAAAGUCAACAAUUUGAAGAAAGAUGAAGAUGAUGCAAAAUUUGCUGAUGAUGAAAAUCAUGGGGAUGGCAGGAAGCUGCUGGAGAAUGGGGAGCUAGAAAUCAGCACAGACUGCAUUGAGAAUGGAGAGGAAAUGGGAGAUCUGUCUAUGACAAAUGAUGAGUCCUCUUGUGAUAUCAUGGAUAUAGAUGCAGAGCAGAGACUUAACAAUGGGACAGUAGGGAAAGAAAACAGUUUUGCAUCAACAGAAGAAGAGAGUUCAAAUGAAUCCCUGUUAGUAAAUGACUGUCUUACUGUGAAUGCUGAAAAGGAAUCAAGGAAGGAGUCUCCAUCUAAGUGGGACUGUGUGAACGGUGAGGCACACAGCUUAGAGGGGAUAGCUGUUCCAGAAUGUCAGAAUGGUAAAGCAGAACCAGUUAAUGUUUCACUAUGUGACAGUGAUUUGUCUCGUAAUGAGCAAAAAGCUGUGUCUGAAGAUCAGCCAAAGGAAAAAACAGAAGCUUCUGGUGAAAAUCAGGGAGCUGAUUUGGUGAAACAGUCUAAUACUGAAGUACCACAAUACAGCAAUAAUGAAAAGACACCACUGAGCAGCACAGACGUUGAGACUAAAGAUAUUGAACCAGAAAAAGAAGGUGUAUCGAAACUUAAGAAAUCUCGAAAAGUCACUUUGGAGCCCCCAAAACCUGCAAGUCUGGAGCAAGUUCCAGAGGAACCAUUGGAUUUUCUACCCCCUCUAGUUGUUGACCAUGACAGAUUAAAGAAACUACUGGAUUUGUUGGUUAAGAGAAGUAACGACCUGACUGUUGACCAACUUGAGAGGCUGUACUCACUCCUUAGUCAAUGCAUCUAUCGGCACCGUAAAGAUUAUGACAAAUCACAACUUGUAGAGACUUGCCAGUGAACCAAAAAAAUCCAUUAUUAAUACAGCUCUACUAAUUACCAAUCAAGUGCUUUGUUUGAAAAGGAGGAAGAAGAAACGGAUCAUCAUUUCAGUUCCAGAGGUACUGGUGGCCACAUACCUGCUUUCUCUCAAAGUCGGGCCUGUGUGUACACAGCCGCUGGGUUUGUAUGCUGUUUGGAAAGACUGUAAUGUAUUGCUGCUGUGCCUAAGUGUAGGCUGGCUUCUUUCCCUGCCCCUAGCCACGCCACUGUUCCUGAUUUUCCCCUUACAUUGUGUGCCAGGAGAAUGAAUAUGCUGCAGGAUUUGCGCUGUUUUCAGUGAGCCAAUUAAUCAUUUCUUUACAUUUUGGAUUACACGUGAAGAAAUAGAAGAGAUUAGCAAAAUCUAGUAACAACAACUAGCUUCUCAAAGGAGAAGACCCUUAGGACAGAGUUGCUCUCAAGCAAGUUUAAGGCCAGAAGGGAUCACUAGAACAUUUAGUCUGACCUGCUUUAUAUCAGAGGCUAUUAAAUUUCACCCAGUUACCCUUGUAUUGAGCCCAAUAACUUGUGUUGAGCUAAAGCGUAUCAUCCACAAAGGUAUUCAGUCUGAAUUUGAAGACAUUGAGAUGGAGAACCCACCCUCUCCAUUGGUAGGAUUAAUCACCCUCACUGUUAGAAAUGUACCGUAUUUCCAAUUUCAGUGUCUGGCUUUGGCUUCCCACCAUCUGUUCUUGUCUAUGCCUCUCUGCUACAUGAAAGGCCCCUUUCUUAUCUGGUAUAUUCUCCUUGUGAAAGUCCUUUAUACAUUGUAAUAGUCACCUCUCGGACCUUGUCUACACUUGCUGCGGCUGUAGCUACACACCACACCUGUAGCGACACACCACAGUGAAAAGCAAACUCCGUACCCACUCACUGCAGCGUGUAGGUACACGUGUCAGAGAAAGACUUUGGCAGGGGGCAUUUGCCUGGAGCCUUUUCCUGCUUCCUUCCCCUGCUAGAGCCUUUUCCCACUGAUGGAGUCUUUCACUGUGGCAUGAAAAGGCUCUGACAGUCAGACGCUACGCUGCUAAAAAUAGUAUAGCUGUAGGAGGCUCUGCUCGGCCACCUGGAGAGCUGUGUAGGGUGUAGACCCCGGGCGUCUGGUGUGUAGGGCACUCUGGUCUUCUGAGGAGCACCUCAAGUUUUGGCGAUGGGGCUCACAGCUUGGGAACAGCACAUUGUUCUUCUGAAUGUGGAAAGAAGCAGGGACAUGUCUGUAUGAUAAGAGAAUGAUGAAGCAGUUUCCAGUGCAUUAGUAAUGGCAGGUUAUUAGACCUCAUCUACUCGGGAUAAACAUUUUUCAGUCAGAAGGCCUGGAUAACCUGUAUCCAAGAGUCUUAAUAAGAGUUGGCUGAGGAGAUCUCUGCCCUGCAGAUGGUCAUUUUUAAUAAAUCCUAUAAUACCAGGGAAUUAAUGUAAUCUGCAUUAAUGUAAUACCUAGACUCUUGUAUUCUGUUUUAGCACCUCAUGACAUUCUGAUUAAAAUUUGAGCACUAUGCAGUAUCAACAGAGUACAUGUUAAAUAGAUUAAAAACUGCAGGCCAACUGACAGAUAUGAAUGGGAAUCUUCUUGCUUUCCCCUCUAAACUUCUACAUAGCAAUUAUAUAUUGCCAAUAUGAAAAUCUGUGGCAUAUUGAAAAGGUGGGGGACAAGAUGAAAUUGAAUUUAAUAUUAUUAAAUAACAUGGGAUACUGCACUCAUUGAACAAGAAAAUUAAUAAUUAUUUACAAAGAUAGUUUUUAACAAAAAUGAAGUGGCUACAGAAUUGCCAGCAUGCAUCAGAAUCUAGGCUCAGUUUGCCAAAGUCUGAUUAUUUUUACUUUGGGAUAGUGCCCAUACUAGAAUAAGCUCCCGGUUCUCAGAUUUUAAAAAUCAAAAGUAUUUGGCCUCCCAUUUUCAUAAUUUCAUCUAACAGAUUCUUAUUCUGCUACUAUGUUAUAAACCAGCCCAUGCCCCACAUAUCACAGUCUGGGAACCACUCUGCUUGAGCAUAUUCCCCAACCUGAGAAGAAGGUGCCAGUCCCUACCCUUUAAGAGCUAUUAUUUCUAUAAAUCUGUUUUUACAGAUAAAAUAAAACACAAAGGCUUCCACAGCUUGCAGUUGCCAGCUAAGCUUAAUUGUAUCCAUACUCUGUGGCUACACAAAGGGGUGAGAAGAAAUAUAAGGCUACACAAGCUGAACCGUGGAGAAAGUGCAUGUAUUGCUGUGGUAGACAUGGCUCAGAACUGAUGUCCCAGAUUGGGCCUAAGACACCAUCACAAAACCUAGGUUUUAUAACAACUUUAUGGCUUACACAACAGACAUUGGAAUUCAGACUGCCAGCCUGAUUUCUGGGCCAAAGAAAGCUAUUCGAAUGGCUGCAAGAAGGAAGGUUUCAGAACAUGCACUAUCAGUUGGGCAGCCAGCCCUGUCCUCAGGCCAGGUCCUAAAGGAGACUGAUAUUGCCGAGGUAGCCCUUAAGAUCUCACCUGUGAACUGCGAAAGAGGAGAGGAUAUUAGUAAGACAUUGAAAGAUGACAAAAUUAAAAACCACAAGCAGCUGGUUACCCUUUUUUAUUCAUAUAAUAAGGAACAAAUGCAGACAUUAGGCUUGAUAUCAGUGGCAAAGCUUCCCUCUCCUAGGCACUAGCUGAGCCAAAACUUGUAAUUCCGUGUAUUAAUCUGCUAUACUUAAUUAAAAUAGAACUUGUGGGCUGAUGAAAAAUGGAAUUUGUUACCUUUCUCUCAGGAGUAACCUUUCCCCCAAGCUAACGUCAACUCUAAACAUGGAAUGUGUCAUCCAAGAGAAGACAACUUACAGCUUGUUUCAAGGGGCAGCUUGAGACAGGCUCAUUUUCCACUGUUGUCUGCCACUUUUCCUUUGGUUUUUCUGUCUCCAACAGCUGGAGCCAAUGUCUGACUUUGAUACUUGCAGAGAGACUAAAUUCUGUCAUUAAGGAUAAUUUGGCUGAGGAAUCUAGUCACAAUUCUCUUCUGGCCCAGGUGACAGCCCGCACUUGCAUGAAAUCUAAACUGGGCCAGUGUUUAAUCCAGACUCAUACGAAGAGUGGUUCUUCAAACCAGAGAUGAUUUCUGGUAUCAUUUCUGGUAUUCUUUCCUGGUAUCUCCAUACCUUGUGUAAUGAGAUGAUAGACCCACCAUGCAGCAACAUCUCUGCCUACUUCUCUCAAGAUAAUUUUCUUUCUAGCUCUUCAUUUUUUCUAACCAGGACCCCCAGGAUGUUCAAAAAUUAGUGUUGUAUUUUCUGUACACCUUGGUAUCUCCAUUUCAGCUGAAAGGAGGGUUCAGUACCUGCUUCUAAAGCUCCCGGACUCUAGAAAGGUAAAAUGGAGCAUUAAGGGGUUUAGUUUAAGGGGCUCAUUCAAUUCGAUGAGACUUUAUAUGCAUGACAGGCUAUACAAGUGUUAAAGUAUUAAAGACACCCCCUACUGGUAUUUUUCAGAGGUUGGUAUGACUUGCCCAGCACAGGACUACACAUCCUAUUUGGGGUUUGAUCCGCCGUGACUAGAAAAUUAAACCACCUUUUGAAUGUAGUGUGGAGGGGUAAUGUAGCACCUUUCCAAAGGAACUGCUGCCUUUCAUUAGCAACUACUCAGGAAGCAUUUGAGAUUCAGGAGUCUCCCAGAUUGUGUCUCCUUGCUUGUAGUUAAGACUUGAUUCGCUUGGUAAGUUUACUACUCAAUGAAACAAUCAGAGGAAAACAGCAACCAUGGGAACUGUGGGAGUAUGUGGUGUUCACUGAAGGCAGUGAACCAUCCCUUACAUGGUAACUUUCAGUCCCCAGUGAGCUGAUCUAGGGUCAUACUAGUAAACAAGAGGUGAAAGGGUUGGUAUCAUUACCAGUCCACUGAGCCAGCCUGUCCAUGGAAUUUCUAAAAGCUUUUAAGGACAAAACCUCUUAGCAGAUCUGUGCACAUGAUUCAUUUAGCACAGACUCUCAGCCAACUUCCCAGGGGACAACUAAAAUAAUUUUCAUAUGAAAGUAAAGCAAAUAGCCUGUGUCUUGCUCAUCCUACCAAGCAUUAUUGACCAGUGCUGAGUAAGACCGUCUUUUCAGUGUUGAUGAACAGGUUGGCAACUCAUCCUGUGUGGUCUGGGUCAUGGCUGUAUAAUACCAAAGUGCAAGGCUUUUAAUAAUCUUCAUGUGCUGUUCAACCUGAUCCACUAAGACCAAACAAAAAUGUUUAAAAACUGCAGUCAAGCUUGUAAAUACUUGCAAAGUCGCAGUCUGAAUGAAGCUGAGACAAACUCAAUAGUUUAAUUAUUUCUGUAAAUGUAUAGAACAGUUGUUUGUUCCUACUAUAGGUCUGAAAUGUUCCACUGCAAUGUACUGCCUCUCCCACUGGAGAGGUAGUUGGGACUAGUUAUAUUUGUCUCCUCAUUAGUUCCCUAUCCAGUGUUUUACAGCUAACAGAUGACAUCCAGUGAAACAUCAGAGGAACCUUGAACUGUUACACUUCAGUGCUCUUGGAGACAAGUGUCCUUUUGUGGAUUGCUGAACUCCCACUCUGAGAUAUGAAGGAACUUGACCACAGGGCAAAAGUGGCUUUCAUCUCUUAGAAAUUACAAGACCAAGUAGCACAACUCCAGGCUCACUUAAAUAAAGCAGUUUAGUAAGGUUUUAAGAUAAAGCUUCAAGAUAAUUGUAUAAACCUUGAUAGAAAACGAGCCCUCUGGUUCUUUACUUAAUAGAAGUUUGGAAAAAUGGAGUGGGGGAAAGGGAGGCUAUCUAGAUAAAUAGAGAGUUAUUUAUAAGCUCUUUUUAAAAACAAACAAACAAAAAAAACUAGGAUGCAGGUAUGUUGGAAGUUAGUAGUCAGAUAAAUAUUAGCAAGAAAAAUUGGACCAGAGAGAGAUCCAGCUGGAACAAA